AUGUCCACUCCUGUUCCGAUUAAACCGGCUACCACUUUGUUCAUUGAUCAAUCUCAUACAUCUUCUAGCAACACACCUGCCACUCUACUCACUCUUUUUGAAAUCAGUCUCUUGAUCUACCCACCCUACAUUCUUACUCUCUGCCUUGACGUUCUUCUCGAUCCUACAUACAAUCAACGCAAAAGCCUUCCUCGUUCUCAAAAUUCAUGGAUUCUUUUCCGUAAAGAUUUCGAGGGUCGACUUCGGGCACAAUUCCCUGAUAAAUCAUUUACCAUUCACGAGGUCUCGAAGAUUGCCGGCAAUCAAUGGAAGGUUCAACCUGGCUUGGUCAAAGCGUACUUUGGCGUCCUUUCGAAAUUGGCCCAAGAGCGACAUAAGCGCGCGUAUCCUGAUUAUGUUUACAAACCAAGAAGAACUAAACAGAGAAAAAGGAACGGGGAAUACUUGUUCAAAAAUAUGAACAAAGAUACGUUUACGAGCCGUCAAAAUAACAGAGUGCAUGCCUACGGAACUAUCAGAGAUACCAAUACUAUUCAGAACGUAGAUGAAUGCUACCGAGUAAAUGAGAGUAAUGGAAGCAUGGAUGACGUGAAUACCGACGAACGUCUUGUGUGUGAGGCGCAUAAUGACCCUUGCCUUGAGAGCUCAUCCCAGGAAGACAAUAAUGAUAUGUGUCAUGAUGCAUCAUCUAUUCAAGUGCCUAGCUCAGAUAACGUUUACAACGACACGACUGACAUCGACAACUCGUCAAUUUAUCUCGUCGAUCAAACGAUGCCAUACUCCACUUACGAUCCUUUCACUUUUCCUACCCCCAAUCUUUUCUCAAAUACCAAUAUGAUGGUAUCCGCUCCAUCGAACCGCACAUAUGACACGGACUUCUUUAAUGUCAAUGCGCAGCAGACUGACAAUAACGGACAAACGUGGCCAUACGAUAUCAACGGGUAUAAAGAGAGCAUAUCCUGUUAUUCGAUAAUGUAUGAUAACAAUG